AUGAACGGCGUUAUUGAGGCGCUGCACAUUUGCGAUGACAACCGUAAUCCUAUCCUAUCUCAUACCUACGCAGGGAGGCCGCUCUCGGCAACCCAUCUUCUACCCCUCUACCUAGAACAUCCCUCACCGCGGCCGAAUCUCAUCUACCUCGCCAACACAAGUCCUCCGACCCUCGUAUUUAGUCUGACCCAUGCGAACCUCUUGUUCCUCGUCACUUCAUCGACCGAGAUCGAGCCGCUCCUCGUCUUCGAGUUCCUACACCGCGUAAUCGAUGCCUUCGAGGACUUCCUUGGCGCGCCGCUCCUGGCCGUCAAGAUCGAGAAUAACUAUGACAUAGUCGCUCAGAUAUUAACUGAGAUGUGCGACUCUGGCACUAUUAGCACGACAGAGCCCAAUGCCCUGCGAGAAGUUGUGGAACAGGAGGGAUGGGUUGGUAAACUACUAGGAAGCAUCAACCUCCCUGGGAAAGCGCCUCUGAGCGCCAACUUCUCAAACUCGAGCUCGCCAUCUGUGAUCCCUUCGAAUACACCCGCCUUGCCAUGGAGACGAGCGAACGUGCGACACACGUCCAACGAGAUGUAUGCCGAUGUCGUUGAGACUCUGUCGGUUACGCUCGCGCCCUCAGGAAGGCCACUUGCCGCCUUUGCCAACGGUACCAUUGCCUUUACAUCAAAGGUGUCAGGUGUACCGGAUAUCACCCUGACUCUGACGAGCCCGUCUGGAAAGCACAAUCUCGGAGGCAUCAUGGAGUUACCAGUCUUUCACCCUUGCGUACGGCUAAACCGAUGGAAGGAAAGGCCAGGAGAGCUGAGCUUUAUCCCACCUGACGGAAGAUUUAUCCUGGCGGGCUACGAGGUGGACUUGCUACCCUUUACUAGCGGGAAGAGCGGAAGCCUAAGCUCUAAUAACCUCAAACUGCCAGUCAAUAUGGAGGUAAAGACUGGGCUCGGGGCUACAGGAUCCGAUUUCGAGGUUCGGUUACAAGUCAACAAGAUUCUAGGCGCACCUUCUCCGUCCUCAUCAGGUCAAUUUGGAAGAGGCGGAAGUGGUGGCCGACUGGGAGGACCACAUCCAGGAUCACCAGGAGCGCCGCUGAUUGACGAUCUCACCGUCACGAUCCCACUACCGACAGACGUUAGGAACUUGUCGGAAAUUCGACCUAGCAAGGGCGACGCUAGCUUCAACCCGGGGGAGAAGUUCCUGGAGUGGCACAUUCCGGCAAAGGAGCUCUCGGGAGGGACGUGCUACUUCGGGCUCCGGUGUACCGUCGUGGGGCCGAUCACAGGCGAGGAUGAGGACGGAUUCGACCCCAACGGUUUUGGCUUUGGGACCGACUACACGUUCGACGGACCUUACCAGAGCGUGCCGGUGGCCAAGACGGCGAAGGACAAAGAGGGCGCCAGUGAUGAUAGGGACGUCAAGAAGAUUGCGCAGAACAAGAUCCUGAUGCCGACGUCGGCAUCAGUGAGCUUUUCCGUCAAGGGAUGGUUGGCGAGCGGGUUGAAGGUAGAGAGUAUCCUUCUCGACACGCGCAAGAGUAGGGGACUGGGAGAGAGCGUCAAACCGUACAAGGGGGUCAAGUACUUGACAGUGAGCAAGGGAGGAGUGGAGAUUCGGUGCUAG